AUGAAUAGUAUUUUAUAUUCAACAGUGUUUAACAAUAGAUAUAUAAAUAAUUUAAUAUUUCGAUAUGUUAGAGAGUUUGGUAGAGGCCAAACAACUUACAAGUGGAAUCAAUUAAUUAGACUUCCACAUGUAUUAGCAGGUAAUCGAUACUAUGAUCACCUAAAAGAUGUAGAGAUGCUAGAGUUUUUAAUCUAUCGAUUCAAAAUACACAUGGAAAAAGAAAAGAGAACUAGAUCGGAUUACAACAAUCUUUUCAUUGAAAACUACAUGUGUAUCAAUAGUGUUUUGCGUGGUGCUGCACAAUAUGGUAGAUUCGACAUGGUCCGACAUCUACUAGCUACAUUCAAGAGACCGCCAACCGGCUGGGAUUAUCAUAGUGCUAUGAUCAAAUCUGCGCUCUCAGAUAAUUUGGAGCAGUUGAAAUUCUUUGUUGAGAAAUGUCGUGGAUUGGAACUGAAUCUAGUUAAUCUUCAAAGUGCCAAUAUUCCUUUUAAGACUUUGGAAGCUGCUGCGUUCACCGGUAGUCUGCAAGCCAUAGAAUAUCUUAUGGCGAAUCGCACCGAAGAUCUAGAGAAAAGUCAAAUCUGCCGAUAUGCUACCAGAGGUGGACAUAUCCAUGUCAUCGAAUACAUGAUCAAAAAGCACAGAACGAAAUAUGAAGAAGAGAUAUUGAAAACCGAUUGGGAUAAUCUAAUUGGAACGUGUACUAUCUUCGAUUGUGCUGUGAAAUUCAAUCGUUAUGAUAUAUUGAAACUGCUACAUAGCAACGGAAUGAAAGAGUGUUCUACUUCGGUGUUUGUCUUGGCUGCGUCAUGUGGCAAUGUGGCAAUGUUAAGAUGGCUUCAGGAAAACACCACCUGUACUUGUGGAUCACAGGCAACUGCAUAUGCUUCUGCCAAUGGUCACUUGGAAGCAGUGCUCUUUUUGGUUGGAAACCAAGUUAGUCAAGACUAUGACAGUGCACUUCAAGAAGCCAUAAAAUACGGACAUUUGGAAACAGCGCAAUGGAUCAGCGAGAAUACAACACAUCCUAUUCAACAACAUUCUCUAGAAACAGCAGUCUCCAACGGAUACUUGGAUAUUGUUAAAUGGAUUAAUAAAAGUCAAGGUAAUGAAUCAAGUUUAUUCGAAAAUGCUAUAGAUUGGGCUGCUAAACAUGGACGAUUAGAAAUCAUCAAAUGGUUACAUGAGAACAGAAGUGAUGGCUGUCUACCAGAGGCAAUGGAUUGUGCUGCUGCCUAUGGCUUAGAGAUAACACAAUGGUUCCACUUCAAUAGAAAAGAAGGCUGUACCAGCUUGGCUAUGGAUCGAGCAGCUAAUACAGGUCAGUUUGACGUUGUUAUAUUUUUACAUGAGAAUAGAAGUGAAGGAUGUUCAAAAAUGGCAUUUGAAGAUGCUGCAUGUAAUAAUCACUUUGAAAUUGUAGAGUGGUUGGUCGAUAAUAGAACAGAGGGAAUCGAUUCUCCAACAUUACUUGAAUGGUCAGCAUUUCAUGGUAAUCUAGAUUUGGUAAAGAAAAUAAUGGAGUGUACACAACACAGGGUAAAGUGUUCCGACACAGCAAUCAAAUAUGCAAUCAAAUCUGGAAGAUUGGAUCUCAUUCAAUAUAUGAUCGAUCCAAAAGUUUGCAAUGUAAACUUAACAAAGUAUGUAUAUGAACAUCUAUUCCGAUACAACUAUCACCAAGCUCUCAGUUGGAUUCUAGAUUUCAUGGUUUAUUCCUCGGAAUCAUUGAAUCUAGUCUCUCAACUUCAAAAUGAUGAUCGAUUCACUGAAAAAUACCCAUACUCAUUGGAAUGUAAAGAAGUACUUGAUCAAUUCAUAAGUAAAACAACCCAAGAAUAA